UUGGAUCAACUGAGAGACCACCAUUGCCAGGACUAACAUAGGCCAUCGAGCCUCCUGUCCUUCCCAAACUGAAACUGAAACUGAAACUGAAACAUAAGGUGCUGAACACGAAGUGUGACUCCGACGUUAGCUGGUUCGUCACACCAUUCCCGUCAAACUCAAACUGGUGGUUUACAAGGUCAUUUGACUUGAGGGAUUUCCUCAAAAUUGACCCAAACUGUGGUGAAGGUCAUUUGACUUUGUGGGUUUCCCCAAAAUACCACAAACUUCGGAGAUCAGAGUAGUUAUGUUAAGAUUGUUAGACAGUUACUGCGUCAAAACAUUGCCACCAAAUAUUCUUUAUAUACCAGAUUUUAUAAAUGAAGAACAAGAACAAGAACUACUAAAACAUAUUUAUUCUGCCCCAUUACCGAAGUGGGUUUCUCUACGUGGUAGACGCUUACAAAAUUGGGGUGGUAUUCCUCAUGUUAAAGGAAUGUUAGUUGAGAACGUUCCACAGGUUUUUUAAUUCAUAUGAAUGAGUUAACAAUUUAGUCUAUUUAGUGGCUACAAAAGUACAUGGAUCGUGUUUCUGAAUUGUGUUUAUUUGAUAAUAACAAUAAUAAGGCGAAUCAUGUUUUGGUGAAUGAAUAUGAACCAGGACAAGGUAUAUUUCCUCAUCAUGAUGGACCACUUUACUAUCCUGUUGUUGCUACAAUCAAUCUGAAUUCUUAUGGAAUUCUGGACUUUUAUGAGCCGUUGGAUACUUCUGCAGACCCACAAACAAAAUCAACGUUAUUUAAUGAUCGUUAUAUUGGCUCAGUUUAUUUGAAACCUCGUAGCUUAAAUAUUGUUACUGAAAAAAUGUAUACACAUUAUAUGCAUGGGAUUACUGAACGUACAACUGACUUAUUAAUAAAUUAUGAAGACUGUUUGAAACGUCCUGAGGAAUCGGUUGAAAACGCUGCUGUUAUUCAUAAUUGGACUGCUAGCGAUUUGGGAAGUAUUCACUCACAGUUAUGUCAUCGUGGUAAACGUGUUUCAGUAACUAUACGCUAUGUGCCCAAUGUGAGUAAGAUCAACUGGAAUAAUUUAUUAUGCAGAAGUUAAACUGUUUCCACUUUAUUUACUAAUACAACUGUUGUUAAUUA